AUGUUAUUCCUUUACUUUGUACCACUAGUUCACGCGAUAACCUUGCAAUGCGAGCCUAUUCGGGUAAACUCAACCCUUGCACACCUUGGAGGUGGUGAUUUCAUCGCUGCAAGGUUGAUUGAUCUGAUUCACGGUAGCCUGGAUAUGGAACUGCAACUGUUGGAUAUAUUCGACGAGGUUGGGUUCGAAAGAACGUUGGGGAUCACGGAAGAGGACCUGGAUGAGAAAUGGUUACACCAGGCGCCGUAUACCGUUGAUUCCUCCUCUACGUGGUGCCACACCAAGGACGUUGAGAUCCACGGCUCCUCGAAGAGAUUAGGGCUAAAUGAGUUCGAAUGGAGUGUUCGCCAAUUCCUCUCUUGGAACAUUAUAGUAUCGUCUAUCCUGAGUCUGCUAUGUGCUCAUCAGUGGAGGACCAUGCGUGACUACAAGCUUUGGACAUACCUAAUGAGCUUCGCUCUACUACAACCAGUUUCACAGGCGUUGAGAUACUUCACCAUUGGCUCCAAACUCUACACCUUUGCCGCAUGGCUUGCCUCGUUGUCGUUCUACUUCCCGUGGUGGUUAGUGUACACGUAUACCCGGAAGCCCAUGAGACAGCCAUUCAUAGGGCUGACGUAUCUCACUAUCGCCACAAUGAACGGGAUCAUGUUCUCACACUCAACACUAUUAUUCCAGUGGAUACUAUGGGUUCUCUUGGAGAAACUGGAGGUGCUACAGCCGCCAUCGUUGAAAGUGGUAAACCACAGCAUGUGGUAUGAAGUGUUGCCGAAGUUUACUCGCAAUUCUGUUAAAUGGCUUGUCUUUAUAACAAUAAUAUUUGACAUUUCAUCUGUCCUGACGAGUGUCGCAGAGGACAAGGUCAUACUCGGCUUGCCAUCCGAGCAGCUCGUCAUUUCUCAUUGGUUGGACGUUCGACUCACAUUUUUGGAAACUGGGAUGGGUAUAACCCAUGUUUUCUUGGGCGAACUCAUACCAAACAUGGUCACGCUCAUCACUGCAAUCAUCGUGCUACCAUAA